AUGAUGUGUGAGUUCCAAAGUCGGAAGAUGGACGAGGAGCUACUCCCACAACUCACCGAGCUUCAUCCGGCCAAAAUGGAAAAGCUUCUCGAAGACCCCGGCGUCGUUGACGAGUCGAAGUUAUGCAAAGUCUGCCAGGCUGCGUCAGACGGCAGCCAUUUUGGCGUGGAGUCCUGCCGGGCUUGUGCAGCUUUUUUCAGACGUAGCGUUGUGCUGUCAAAAGAUUAUAUAUGCCGACAGCAGGGUGGGAUGUGCAAGAUUUAUAAAGGCACCAGAAUGUGCCGAAAAUGCCGAAUGGACAAGUGCAGACGCUUGGGAAUGAUUUCGGACCAGGUGCAGAACCGGCCAGCCGAGAAGGAGACAUUUCUGGAGUGUUCGCCGACAUCAUCUACAACUCCAGAUCCAGUCUACAACAUCUCCAAGUUGAGCCCAAGUCAAAUCGCGCCGAGGUUAUACGAAAUUAACGACAUUUUCAAACACUUCCUCUCCGUCCAACGAUCCGUCGAACAUUCCGUUACGAACGCGACGCACCGCGACGUCUUCGACACCACGUCAUACUUUACAUAUAAAUAUAUGGAGCCGGACAGCACGACAAUGAUGUUCACGCAGACGACAAUUGUCGACCUCAACAACACACGCUAUUUUUAUGAGGGCAGCGUGGCGGAACAUAAUGUGGAGACGAUGUCAAAUGUAAUGCGAGAGUGCUACCUCCGUGAUUGCGAUGCCGUUCGCCAGCUUCGAAGCCUGGAGCCCACCGAAAUUGAGAUCUCAGCCCUGAUGGUGAUUCUGCUGUGGGAUCAAAACGUGGCCCGUGAAAAGCCCAACCUCAUUCAAAUUGCAUCCGAGCAACGGGAUAUGAUUUUCAACGAGCUGAGCCAGUAUUACCGAUACGUCCUCAACCUGCCCGAUUACGCUGUAAGGCUUGGGAAGCUGAUGUGCAUCUACAGCUCACUUCAGAAUAACGCCUCAAACUUCAAGGAAGAGCUGGAGCUGUUCAACAUGAUGAACCUCUCUGAUGGCAAUCACUUUGGAGUGGAGGCAUGUCGAGCGUGCGCCGCCUUUUUCAGACGUUGCAUAACCCUUCCGAAACCAUAUAACUGCACGCAGAAAAGUAAUAGAUGUCGGAUUCACAAAGGAACCAGGAUGUGCCGGAAAUGUCGGCUGGAUAAAUGCCGGCGGCUGGGGAUGGCUACAGAAUCCGUGCAGAAUCGGCCAGCCGAACAAGAAUCACUUCCGGAAACCGCAGAAGAGCCAAAACAAACACUUCCGGACUCGAGCUCCAAAGAAGUCCCACCAUACCUCACCGGAUUGGUUGAAAAAUUUCGGCACUAUUUAUCUGUGCAAAGAGCUGUGGAAUACUCGAUUACGGAAGGAAGCCAAAGGGAUCUAUUCGAUACGAUAACUGGCAAAGCUAAAAAAACGCCUGGCCAAGUU